AUGUCAUCAAAGUGUGAGUUCUGGUUAGAGAAAGUGUCGUUUUUUGGACAUUUUGAUUCUAAAGAGAGCAUUUUAGUGAAUCUGGCAAAGAUAGAGGCAGUACGGAGUUGUUCGUCACCAAAGAACGUCACAGAGGUGAGAAGUUUCUUAGGCUUGGCUGGGUACUACUGUCGGUUUGAUAAAGAUUUUUCUCGUAUUGCUCGACUUAUGACUUCUUUAAUGAAAAAAGAGAAGAAAUUUGAGUGGUAUGAUGAGUGUGAACAAGUCUUCGUAACUUUGAAGGAAAGGUUAACUACGACCCCAAUUCUUACUCUACCUGAGCCAAAUUGGAUUACUCGGUUUACAGCGAUGCAAUAA